AUGUCGGAUUUAACCCAAGCGUUAGAAGAUUACAUCAGACUUAAAAAGGCCAGAUCAACUAUACAAGGCUUUAUCGAUAGUGAUGAAAACCACAUAGAGGUGUUAAUGAUUUGGUUCGAGACAUUUGUGGAAUAUGGCGAUGCAUUGAAAUUUUUUAUUUCAAAGUUCAAGCAAGUAUACAAAGAUAACAUAAAAAAACCAUACAAAAGCAAAGCCAAAGUUGAUAUGAAGAGAAUUUUUCAACAAUCAAAGUCUCAAGCGAAUGCAAUGGUGAAUGGAAACAAAGUACUGGACGAAGCUACGAACGCUGCCUCAGAGAGGUUAAUCUUGAGACUGAAACAACCACCAAAAAUUGUGCCUGGUGCGUCUCCCUCUUCAUCCUCAUCUACUGUUGGUGCUUCUUCAUUCACUGCUGGCGCUUCCUCGAUUGAAGGAAAAUUGGAUUCAUAUAUUAAAUCAUGUAAAGACAAAUCAAGAAAGCACGGAUUCAAUUUGCAAACCGAAGUUCACCAAGUGUUAGCAAGUAACAACAUAAUAUUACUCAAGAAAGGACAGGUGUGUCCAGAACUUGCCAAGCAUGUCGAUACUGAGUACCUCCUGAAUAAUAUCAGAACUAAAGCAAUCAUCAAAGAUGUCACAGCUGACAACAUGAUGUACGUGUCACUAUCCAUGUUACUUCGAGAUGUCAACAGCACAACCGACCGAAGAAAGUUGAAGAUAGAAAUGAACCGACUAUUUGAAGUUGCCUCCAAAGAGGAUGGAAAUAUCAUCGAAAUAUUUGCCAAUUUGGUUACCAAACUGCCCAACUUCGAACGACUUUCUCCUGUAGGAGAAAUGGAGUUGAUAGAUUUGAACCGGGAUCCUCCCGUUGGCAUACGGGAGUUUUACCACUUCGCCCUACCACCAGGGGCAUUGGGAUAUGUAGAAGUGAAGCCGCCAGACUUUGAAUCCAAUCCCGAAUUAGCAUUUAUGGACUUGAUUCGUUUGGGUAUAUUUUCUCGCCGUCUUAUGCUACGAAAAAACAAUCAAAAGGUGAUUGUGAUUCAGUGUAUAGGUUACCACAUGGUGUUCUACUUAGUAUCAGAGUUUUCAGAAGGAAUCGCGCAAAUGGCUGAGAUAUUAUCAAUUGAUGUACCUAAAGAAAUUGGUCAAAUGGGGCACCUUCUGCAAAAGGUAGACGACCUUAAAAGAUUAUUCCAAUUGUAUGAGCAUCAAAUGGAGACUCGCUACAAAAACUCAAGAGCACUGGAGGAAGAAAACCCUGCUUCACCAAUUGAUGCAAUCAACCCGAAACGUCGCAAACAGAGAAUCCCCUCGUUCUCUUUGGUAUGA